AUGUCUUCCGACCUACGGUCCCUUAUCACCGAGCUUCAUAAGAGCCUUGACCAGAGACAGCUGGACAACGCUGUAAAUGUGCUCUCACGCGCAAAGCGUGCUCUGCUCCACCAAAAUGCGCUGAUCCCGACGGCGUCGACCCCGCCGCAACUGUUCGCCCAAGCGCGGGAGAUUCUCGAGCUCGGAGCGCUCACAUCCAUUCGCCAGACCGACUCCGCCUCCUUCAUCCGAUACUACCAGCAACUGCAGCUCUUUUACGAUAUUGAGCGGCAUCUCGAGACGACAGGGUCUGCGUCUGGGCCGUGGGUGGAUCUGCUGAAGACGAGCCAGCGAAGCAAGAUCACGGGCUUGUAUCUUAUGCUGUUGCUGAGUUCGGGCGAUACGUCCCAGUUCCAUACCGUGCUGGAGGGUCUCGUCGUGGAGGCUUCGUUAAGGGGACACAGUGUCGAGGACGAUCCGUUCAUCAAGUACCCUGUGGAGUUGGAGAGAAGUCUGAUGGAGGGGAGCUACGACAAGGUGUGGCGGGCGACGAAGUCGGAGAGGGUCCCAUCGGAGGACUUUGGACUGUUCUCGAGUAUUCUGGUCGGCACGAUUCGAAGCGAGAUCGCCGACUGUUCCGAAAAGGCCUACCCAUCUCUCCCCAUCUCGAACGCCAAGAACCUCCUGUUCCUCGACUCCGAGGGUGCUGUUAUACAGUUCGCACAGGAACGGGGCUGGAUCCUGCGGGACGGCCGCAUCUACUUCCCAACCCAGCCGGAGACGGUUGCACCCGUUCCCGGAGCCCCAGGGGCUGUCGAGCCUCUCGUGGCAGGGCAACGACCAGAGAAAGAAAUCACCCUGUCGAGUGCCACCAUCAUCGAAAACACGCUCGGAUACGCAAGAGAGCUGGAGACGAUCGUGUAG